CCAGAAUUAGGUCGUGCAGUAUUACUGCAGUCACCUAAUCAAUCCAUCCAUUAAGAAGACCACAGUAGCGCCAACUUUAACCGCCAGUCCAGUACUAUACACAAAAUGGCUGACGAGGGAGAAAAGAAAAAAGAAGUGGUCGACAAUAGGCCGGAAUUCUUUUGGAAUUAUAUAAGCAAAACUAUGCGUCUGAAACAGGAGAAAUGGACCAAAAUGAUUACCACCAAUGAGUUCAAGGACAUUGUCAUGGAAUUCCUAAAGGACCCCGAAAAGCCACGCAUUAUUUUUACCAUGAACACUGGCGGCCUGCUAUAUCCAAUGUACAAUUUUCCGGCCAAGCCUCGGGCCAAAGUAGUGUAUUUUAUACGCAACAAGACGCCGUCGGAGCUAACGGAGGAAAACAUGAUGAAAUCCCUUAUGUAUGGCGAUCUACUUCCUAAUCCGCUGGCCAAUCUCUCUGUACUUUGCGAUGAUGUUUUCUUUCCGCUGCUAAACAAUGUAAAAAAUCAAAAGGGCUGGACCUCGGUAAUUGUAAAUGAUAUGAAGACAGAAUCACAGGAAAUGCGAAAUGGCAUUGCUCAGAUGAAGGGUCUGGUUAUCAAUCGAACAAUAUUUCCAUUGCCAAUUUGCAUAGACGAAGUCAUGGAGGCAGCUCCGCGCAUUGCCGCCGGUGAUCUUGUUGUAGUAACGCCGCUAAUGAAACAUUCACUUGAAUUUAUGGUCGUGAAAUGGCUGGACUCAGUCGAAGAUCUUGUAAAUGUGAAGCCGGCCGAAAAAAUCUACGCCAAGGAGCGAUUCCCAUUGCCCGAAGCAGUUUUCUCAUUCUGGGAGUCACGCCUCGAAAAUCUUGAAAACCUAGCCGACCAAUUGGGUGACAAACGCAUCAAGACGAUUGGGUUCGUCCUAGAGAAAAUUCACUCUGUUUUCGAGCACUCCUAUCGCCGAAUUGUGGAGUUGGUGCUGGAGGCCUUGGCUGAGGCACGAGACAUAACGAAAUGUCUGGCAGCGCUUAAAAAGAAAAUUGAUAAAUUUGAAGCAAAUGACAUGGAUGAUAAUUUACCGGAAAUACGCCCUCUUAUGCUAACAUUGGGACUAGUCUGGGGUCAUUCGCGCUAUUUCCAUACUCUCAGUAACAUGUCCCUUUUUCUCAAACUCUUUCACAACUCAGUCAUCGAAUGCGUCAUGAGGACCAUAGAGCCAGACUCGAUAUUCCAAGGAGAUAUUGAUGAGGCGCACAAGAAAAUUGAGAUGAAUAUACAACACUUAGAGCACUACAAAAAAGUGUACACGGAAUGCCGCAAUUCGUUAAAGAAAUUUAAAAUAGGCACCACAUUUAACUCACAAGACUGGACCUGGCAUCCGGAAAAGAUAUUUCAUCGUCUUGACGCAUUUACGGAACGUCUCCAUCAACUCAAGGAGCUGUUUAACACUGGACGUGACUUUAUUAAGUUGGAGAAAAUUAUCAUUGGAGGUCUAAAAGGACGGCAGAUAACAUCUGCCUUAGAGAAAAUUCUGGAGGAAUACAACAACAAUUAUCGCGAAUGGACAAACAUACAGUACAAUCCGUUAGAUCCUGAUGCGGAGAACUCCAACUUUGAAUCGGAUCGCUUGAAGUUUCAAGCCAAAACGGACAUAUUGGAGCGUAUGAUUGCGUUUCAGUUUGAAAAGGCUUUGGAGGACUCACAUGAUUUGCUGCUGGGUGGCCAGUUGCUUAUGCGACCCAUCAUCAAGGCACACAUGGAUCCCUUCAUGCAUAUCAUAGUCGAUGAUUUUGAAGAGGAGAUCGCGGAUGUAAAGGUGGACUUUAAUGAAUUCAAAUCCAUUUAUGUAGAGAAAGGCAUGGAUGAACUGCCCACGGAUGAUUGUUUUCCGAAAGUUUCGGGCGCCAUUUCAUUUCUGAAAAAAUUGAGAUAUAGAAUUUCAUCUAUGCAUACGGACACAGAAAUGUAUGAGUAUCCACUUUUUGACAAUGAUCACGGGCAUACUGUUUUAGAGAACUAUCAUCAGAUGCUGCAAGAAAUUGAUGGCUUUACUACAGAGAUUCUUGAAAAAUGGACUGUUGAGUGCUUGGCUGGCAUUCAAGAGAGCAUGAACUUGACGUUGUUAGCAAAAGAUGACAAGGGCGUGCUUUCGGUCAAUUUUAGCGACACUCUUAAGGCGGCCCUGAAAGACAUCAAGGUCAUACGUCUAUUGGGCUGUGAAAUAUCACCACAGCUGUUGGACUUCUUUAGCCUAGAGGAGAAACUUUGGCAAGCACGCAUUAAGCUCAUGCGCAUUGCUGAGUGGUACAAUGACAUAAAUACCCGAGCACAUGCUACCGAAAAGGCACUGAUUGCAGCUGAAAUGACAAUGAUCGAGGAGCACAUGGACCCAAUUGUAAAACAUAUAACAUGGAACCAAUUCAGUCAGAAGUUCAUUGUCAUCAUUUUUAAAAUGAUCAAGUAUUUGCACGACCGCCUCGUGGCUGCUCAAGAGAAUCUAGACGCCAUCAGAGAAAGCAUAAACUCUUGGGGCAAGGUUCCUCUGUUCCAGCGCAAAGACAUGAAUACCCAAGCGAUGUUGCGCACAGAGCCACGACCUGUGAUCUUGCAGGAACGCUCCGAUCAGGCUGAUAUCACGCAACGUCUCAUCGAUCUGUUAAUGUACAUUAAUCUGAAGCUGUUCUUCGACAUACCCCGUCGUUACACCCUGCCACCGGGCGAAGCGGGUGAAGAAGAAGAUCAAGGAGAUGGCAUUUGGCCACCAAUUUUGAGUCUAACGACCAUGACAACUGUGGAAAAAAUUAAAAAGAAACGUCAGUCUGGUGGCGAAGAUGAGGAAUUUGCGGAAGACGAAGAAGAGCAGUCGGAAAGCGAAGAAGAAACAAUAACACCACUUCAUCGCUACGAGGUACUCAAAGGCGUCUCUGAUGAGGAGCGCGAAUUGUUUCGCGAAUACGAAAAGUAUGUUGACACCAUUAUCGGUGCAUGCUUGCUGGACGCUGUUAUCACCAGCACCACAUACUUACGCAUGGAGGUCGAUAACCGAUAUGAAAAUAACUCACCUAUCUUCCAAAUACUAAUGGAGCUACAGGAACCAAACGUAGUUUACUUUCUCGGCAUAGAUCCAACCGCCAAAACGGGCUUUGUUUUCUGGAUAGAAGGUCUGAUCGACAAUAUCAACGAAAUGACGAGUCUUCUCUAUCGCGUUGCUCAAGAUCCUCCCGAAAUAAAUGAGGGUGAAAUGGAAAGAUUUACCGAUGAGCUUGAGGACAAGCCAGAUCUUGUCAGACAACGCACUGAUAUACUGAAUAAGGUGAAGAUGGCACUGCAGGCCAUACGGGUGCAUGGAAAAGGCUUCAUGGAGUAUUCCUAUCUUUGGCUAUGGAAUAAAACAAAUUACUUGAACGAGGUGAAAAAAUACGGACGCGCUCUGACAUUGGCUGAACGCGAAGCCGAGACUGAACAAGAGGGCAGCUCUGGUCUUAAGAUAUUGGGCACCGAUGAAUACCCACCACUCACUAUAUAUAAAGAGCAAUUGGACAAGUUUAUUGAGCUACAAGAGCAAAUUCGAAAAUGGGACCUCUACGAAGACUUCUUUGUUUUUCUCCGAUUGAACAUGGAGGGCUUCAAAAAGUCGGUACUCAAUCAAGUGGGUCAAUGGAUAAGUUUGUUCAAAAUGGAUCUUAUAAAUCGUGUGAAGAAUUCGCUUAAGGAACUGCAAGACUUUGUGGAUGAAGCAAACAUCGUACUCAAAAUGGAGCUGCAAAAAGACGAUUUCGAAGGAUUGGUUAAAAUUCUUUCCGUACUAAACCAAAUCAACGAGAAGCAGUAUUUGUACGACUCCAUGUUUGAGCCUCUUAAGGAAAUUGUUGAGCUCCUUAAACAGUAUAAUUAUGAGUUCGACGAUAACGAGCUGACUAUGCUUAAUGAGCUACCAGACGCCUGGCAAAAAGUGAAACGGCAAGCGGCCAGCACCAAGCAACUAAUUGCACCCAUACAGAGCUACCAAGUCGACUUAAUAGAGAAACGCAUUAUGCUGUGCGAUAACAUGGCUAGCACUUACCGUAGGAAAUUCUUGGCAAAAAAAUUCUUUAACGUGCCCUGCCGCAAUGUCUACGAGUUAAUCGAUGAGGCAGAUUUGGAGAUUUGUGCGCUUGAAGAACGUCAGAAAACUCUCGCUGAGUCGGCUGUCUUGUUCGAGUUACAGGGACCGGAUCCAGGAAAAAUAGAGCUUUGUCGCAGCGACAUCAAGCUAGUCAAGAUUAUGUGGGACUUUGCUAUUACCAUUGAGUCAACCAUUAAUGACUGGAAGAAAACACCCUGGAAGAAAAUCGACAUUGAGAAUAUGGAUCAGGAGUGCAAGAAAUUUGGACGCGAGCUGCGUGGCUUAGACAAAACUAUGCGCACAUGGGAGCCAUUUAUUUUUAUGGAGGCAUCACUCAAGAACUUAAUGACAUCUUUGCGCGCCGUCACGGAGCUUCAAAAUCCCGCGAUACGCGAUCGUCACUGGGUGGAGCUAAUGCAGACCACUCAUGUCAAGUUCAACAUGGAUGACUCGACUACGCUUAAGGAUUUGCUAGACCUAAACCUGCACGAAUACGAAGAGGAAGUGAAGAACAUAGUUGAUAAAUCCGUAAAGGAAAUGGCUAUGGAAAAAACGCUGAAAGACAUUGCUGCGGUUUGGGCUGUUAUGGAAUUCGGGACUGAAAUACAUGAGCGUACGGGGCUGAAAUUGCUGAAGGCGUCAGAGGAAAUGAUCGAAACCCUUGAGGAGCACCAAGUCCAACUGCAGAAUAUGGCAUCGUCCAAGUAUAUUGGCUACUUUCAGCACGAAGUAACGUCAUGGCAGCAAAAACUCUCCAAUGCCGAUCAAAUCAUAGGCUCGUGGUUUGAGGUGCAGCGUAAGUGGCAGUAUCUUGAAAGCAUAUUCAUUGGCUCUGAGGACAUACGAUCCCAAUUGCCCGAAGACUCUAAGCGUUUCGACUACAUUGAUCGCGAAUUUAAAGCCCUGCUGGCCCAAAUGAAUGCUGACCGCAAUGUUGUGCGGUCAACUAAUCGCUCUGGCAGCAAGCUAUACGAGCAUCUGGAACAGCUGCUUAAAAUGCUCAUGUUGUGUGAGAAGGCGCUUAAUGACUACCUUGAAACGAAGCGCUUGGCCUAUCCGCGCUUCUACUUCGUCUCCUCAGCCGAUUUACUGGACAUCCUAUCCAACGGCAACAAUCCCGCUAUGGUAGCCCGUCACUUGACCAAGCUCUACGAUUCAAUGGGCAAGCUGAACCUCAUUGCUGGAACCAAGCAAGCAGCUGGUAUGGUUGCGAAGGAACUGGAGGAAUACGUGCCUUUUCUCGACAACUGCGAUUGCAGCGGCAAAGUGGAGGUGUGGCUUAAUCGCGUUACGGACAAAAUGAGGGACACAUUGCGCGAUCAGCUGAAAAAGUCGCUCUCCACCUACGACCACAAGCCGCGCCACGUAUGGAUCUUCGAAUGGCCGGCACAGCCAGCCCUGGUGGGCACACAAAUCAUGUGGACGACCGAAACCAACGACGCCUUUGCUAAGGUGCAACAGCGCUAUGAGAAUGCCCUGAAAGAUUACAACAAAAAGCAGGUGACUCAGCUAAACAAUCUGAUAAUGCUGCUUCUGGGAGAUUUGACAGCUGCCGAGCGCCAAAAAGUCAUGACCGUGUGUACUAUCGAUGUGCACUCACGCGAUGUCGUCAGCAAAAUUAUAUCGGCCAAGGUGGAGAAUGCGACAGCUUUUCAAUGGCAAAGCCAGCUGCGUCAUCGGUGGGAUAACAAAAUCGAUGAUUGCUUUGCCAACAUUUGUGAUGCACAGUUCCGCUACGACUAUGAGUAUCUGGGCAACACGCCGCGCCUUGUGAUUACCCCCCUCACAGAUCGUUGCUAUAUAACAUUAACGCAGAGUUUACAUUUAGUGAUGGGAGGUGCGCCAGCAGGACCAGCAGGUACUGGUAAAACGGAAACCACUAAGGAUUUAGGUCGUGCGCUGGGCAUGAUGGUGUACGUGUUUAAUUGUUCCGAACAAAUGGACUACAAGUCUAUUGGCAAUAUACACAAGGGACUGGCACAAACAGGCGCAUGGGGCUGCUUCGACGAGUUCAAUCGUAUAUCCGUAGAAGUGUUGUCUGUCGUAGCCGUGCAAGUAAAGUGCAUUCAGGACGCCAUUAAAGCGAAGAAAACAACGUUCAACUUCCUUGGUGAAAUCAUCUCGCUACGCCCGACUGUAGGUGUGUUCAUCACCAUGAAUCCUGGCUAUGCUGGCCGAGCCGAGCUGCCGGAGAAUUUGAAGGCUCUAUAUCGACCAUGCGCCAUGGUGGUUCCCGACUUUGCAUUGAUUAGUGAAAUCAUGCUGGUAGCCGAGGGUUUCCAGGAAGCGCGUUUGCUGGCCCGAAAAUUCAUAACAUUGUACACACUAUGCAAAGAGUUACUUUCCAAACAAGAUCACUACGAUUGGGGCUUACGCGCAAUUAAGUCAGUGCUGGUAGUAGCUGGCGCCUUGAGGCGUGACGAUCGCCAGAGGCCAGAGGACCAGGUUCUAAUGCGGGCGUUGCGUGAUUUUAACAUUCCAAAGAUUGUCACAGAUGACGUGCCCGUAUUCAUGGGACUUAUUGGCGAUCUAUUUCCGGCGCUUGACGUGCCCCGUAAACGCAAUCCUGAAUUCGAAGCAGUUAUCAAGCGUUCAGCGAUAGACUUAAAGCUGCAGCCAGAGGAAGGAUUUAUAUUAAAAAUUGUUCAGCUGGAGGAGCUGUUUGCAGUACGACAUUCAGUGUUUAUCAUUGGCUUUGCCGGCACAGGAAAAUCGGAGGUGUGGAAGACAUUGAACAAGACUUACCAAAAUCAAAAACGCAAGCCCCACUACAACGAUCUGAAUCCGAAAGCUGUGACCAACGACGAACUGUUCGGCAUAGUUAAUCCAGCAACGCGUGAAUGGAAAGAUGGACUAUUUUCUAUAUUGAUGCGUGAUCAGGCCAAUUUAGGUGGCACUGGGCCCAAAUGGAUUGUUCUAGAUGGUGACAUAGAUCCCAUGUGGAUCGAGAGCCUAAACACAGUAAUGGAUGACAAUAAAGUGUUGACAUUAGCCAGCAACGAACGGAUUGCUUUAACAAAAGAGAUGCGUUUGCUUUUCGAAAUCGCUUCGCUUCGCACGGCCACACCUGCAACAGUAUCGCGAGCUGGCAUUUUAUACAUAAAUCCGCAAGACUUGGGCUGGACCCCAUUCAUACAAUCGUGGCUGGGCACACGCACAAAUAGCAGUGAGGUGGCAACAUUGAAUGUGUUAUUCGACAAAUAUGUACCUCAACUGCUUGAUGCAUUUAAGACCCGCCUGAAGAGUAUUACACCAAUAUCUGACAUUGCACGUCUUCAAAUGACCUGCUUUUUGCUGGACAGCAUGCUAACGCCACAGAAUGUGCCCAACGAUUGUCCCAAAGACUGGUAUGAAAUUUACUUUGUGUUUUCUAUUGUGUGGGGCUUUGGUUCAACGCUCUUCCAAGAUCAAAUCAUCGACUGGCGUAAUGAGUUUAGCAAAUGGUUCCUCAACGAGUUCAAAGCUGUCAAAUUUCCCUCUUCCGGCAAUAUUUUUGCCUUCUAUAUUGACAACGAAACGAAGAAGUUUUUGCCUUGGACAAACCUUGUUCCCGAAUUUGAGCUGGACCCCGAUCUGCCAUUGCAAUCGAAUUUGGUGAACACUUCGGAAACGACGCGUCUUCGGUUCUUUAUGGAUACGCUGAUUGAGGCAGACCAUCCAGUUAUGCUCAUCGGUCCAUCCGGAUCGGGAAAAACAAUUCUUAUGAAUGCCAAGCUAAAUGCUUUACCCACCGAAAAAUAUGCUGUAACGAAUGUGCCGUUUAACUUUUAUACCACUUCUGAGAUGCUGCAACGUAUUCUCGAAAAGCCACUGGAGAAGAAGGCAGGCCGCAAUUUUGGACCUAUCGGCAACAAACGGAUGAUCUACUUUGUGGACGAUAUGAAUAUGCCAGAAGUCGACAAGUACUUUACGGUGCAGCCACACACGCUGAUUCGUCAAUUUAUGGAUUAUCAUCAUUGGUACGAUCGAUUGAAACUAACGCUAAAGGAUAUACACAAGUGCAACUUCGUAAGCUGCAUGAACCCUUCGGCCGGCUCGUUUACCAUAGAUCCACGACUGCAGCGUCACUUCUGUUCCUUCGCCGUCAACCAACCAAGUGCCGAUGCACUGUUUCACAUAUUAAAUUCCAUACUGUCACAGCAUCUUGCCAUGCCACAGCAUAAGUUUGAUAAACAUGUGAUUAAACUCUGUCAACCAUUAGUCCAAGCGGCCAUCACACUGCAUCAGAAAGUGGCAUCCUCGUUUUUGCCAACUGCCAUUAAGUUCCACUAUAAUUUCAAUCUGCGGGACAUAGCCAAUAUAUUCACGGGAAUACUUUAUGCUAACAACGAAACUUGUCCCAACAUCAACCAAAUGAUGCGCUUAUGGAUUCACGAGUGCAAUCGUGUCUAUGGAGACAAACUUGUGGAUUACACCGACAUUGGGAACUUUAAGAAGAUCGUUGCAGAGGUGGUACGCAAGGGCAUUGAAGGCAUUAGCGAUGAAAUUGUCUAUGCACAGCCGCAUAUCUACUGCCACUUCGCCAAAGGCUUGACAGACAUAAAGUACAUGCCCAUACCCAAUUGGGACCGUUUGAAAAAUCUGCUUGAAGAGGCACAGGACCGCUACAACGACUAUGUGGGUGCCAUGAACCUAGUGCUAUUCGACGAUGCCAUGUCUCAUGUGUGCCGCAUUAGCCGCAUAAUUGAAUCAUCCCGUGGCUACGCACUGUUAAUUGGCGUUGGCGGUUCAGGCAAGCAAUCACUAACUCGUCUAGCGGCCUUCAUUUCCUCUCUAGAUGUGUUCCAAAUACAAUUGACAAAAGACUAUAGUGUUAACGACUUAAAAGCAAAUAUAGCUUUACUAUAUACGAAAGCUGGAGUGAAGAGUACAGCCUGUUGCUUCCUCAUGACCGAUUCUGAAGUGGCACGAGAGCAGUUCCUUGUGCUAGUCAACGACCUGCUAGCCUCAGGCGACAUACACGAGCUGUAUCCAGACGACGAGAUAGAAAACGUUGUGAACGCCGUCCGAAAUGAGGUGAAGCAGCUUGGUAUAAUGGAUAGUCGAGAGAAUUGUUGGAAGUACUUUAUCGAAAAGGUACGCAGUCUUCUAAAGGUGGUCCUUUGCUUCUCACCAGUAGGCGCAACAUUACGAGUUCGCUCGCGUAAAUUCCCAGCACUGGUGAACUGCACAACCAUUGACUGGUUUCAUGAGUGGCCGCAACAAGCGCUGGAGUCUGUAUCGUUGCGUUUCCUUUCGGAAAUUUCAGUGCUGCCCAAAUCCCUGGGACCGCCCGUAUCCAAAUUCAUGGCCUACGUACAUAAAACCGUUAACGACAUCUCGCAAGUGUACCUAAGUAAUGCUAAACGCUACAAUUACACGACUCCGAAGUCCUUCCUUGAGCUGAUCGCUCUUUAUUCAAAGCUGUUGCACGAAAAGGUUAAAGCCAACAUGGAUCGGAGAACACGAUUGGAAAAUGGGCUAAUUAAGCUGGCAAGCUGCUCAAAAGAGGUGGAUGCGCUGCAAGAUGUGCUUAAGGUGCAAGAAGUGGAACUGAAAAUAAAGAACAAGGAUGCGGACGACCUCAUUGUGGUUGUCAGUUCGGAGAACGAAAAGGUGUCGAAAGAACGAGCAUUUGCAUCUAAAGAGGAGAAGAAUGUACGUCAAAUCGAGGAAGAUGUCACAGCCAAGGCCAAAUUGUGCGAGGAAGAUUUCCGAAAGGCACAACCUGCGCUCAUUGCCGCCCAAGAAGCCCUCAACACUCUCAACAAAAACAAUCUAACUGAAUUGAAAUCCUUUGGUUCCCCUCCUGAGGCAGUAGUCAGUGUAUGCGCAGCGGUGCUUGUGCUAUUCGCUUCCAAGGGCAAACUACCCAAGGACCGCAGCUGGAAGGCGUCACGUGUCUUAAUGGGCAAUGUCGACAAGUUUCUGGACAAUCUUGUCAACUAUGAUAAGAAGCACAUACAUCCCGACAUCAUUAAGGCAUUGCAGCCAUAUAUUCAGGAUCCUGAAUUCAAUCCAGAAAAAAUCAUGUCAAAGUCUUCUGCUGCGGCCGGUCUUUGCUCAUGGGUGAUAAACAUUAACCGAUUUUAUGAUGUAUAUCUAAUAGUCGAGCCCAAAGAGCGGGCACUGGCUGAUGCCGAGAAGGAGCUGAAGGAUGCACGCGACAAGCUAACUGCUCUCAAUCAGCGUCUUACCGAGCUUGAAGAACAGCUGAAUGUUCUACAGUUGGAGUAUGACGAGGCAUUGGCCAAAAAGCAAAAAUGCCAAGAUGAAGCCGAUAAAACGGCCUUUACCAUCGACAUUGCCAAUCGGCUGAUUGGCGGCCUGGCCACCGAAAAAGUACGUUGGACGGAGUCUGUUAAAAACUUGCAAUCGGGCGUGAUACAGCUACCCGGAGAUAUAUUGCUUAUAUCCUGCUUCAUAUCGUACGUGGGUUGUUUUACACGCGCCUAUCGCACGGAAUUACAGCAGAAAAUGUGGAUGCCAACCUUCAAGAGUAUACAGCCACCAAUACCAUCUACCGAAGGCGUCGAUCCCUUCGAUAUGAUCUGUGAUGAUGCACAAAUUGCUGAAUGGAAUAAUCAGGGUCUACCGAGUGAUCGCAUGUCGGCCGAGAAUGCUGCAAUAUUGGUGCAAUCUGAGCGCUACCCGCUCAUGAUCGAUCCUCAACUGCAAGGCAUUAAAUGGGUGAAAACCAAGUACGGUGCUGGACUAAUUGUGCUGCGCCUUGCCCAGCGCAGUUAUUUGGAUCAGGUGGAAAAGGCGGUCAGUAAUGGCAGUACACUAUUAAUAGAAAACAUUGGGGAAAGUGUUGAUGCUGUUCUCAAUCCCCUACUUGGGCGCAUGUUAAUUAAAAAGGGCACAAUAUUGAAGAUUGGUGAUCGUGAGAUCGAUUACAAUCCGAAAUUUAGAUUGAUCUUGCACACCAAGCUAGCCAAUCCACAUUACAAACCCGAAAUGCAAGCUCAAACCACACUUAUAAAUUUCACAGUAACACGUGAUGGUCUAGAAGAUCAGUUGCUGGCCGAAGUGGUGAAGGUAGAAAGGCCCGAUCUGGAGACCAUGCGCUCACGUCUCACACAACAACAGAACCACUUCAAGAUUACGCUAAAGUUUCUGGAAGAUGAUCUGCUCGCACGAUUGUCGUCAGCCGGCGAUAAUGUGCUGGAAGAUGUUACUCUGGUCAUGAACUUGGAGAAGACGAAAAAGACGGCAGACGAAAUUGAGGUGAAGGUGGCCGAAGCGAAAAUAACUGCCGUCCAAAUCGACUCGGCCCGUGAGGCCUAUCGACCCGCAUCUGAACGUGCCUCCAUUAUAUAUUUCAUACUCAAUGAUCUGUUCAAAAUCAACCCCAUAUAUCAAUUUUCUCUCAAAGCAUUCACCGUAGUAUUCAACAAUGCAAUGCUAAAGGCAACUCCAUCAGAUAAGCUCAAGGAACGUGUCGAGAAUCUUAUCGAUUCAAUAACGUACUGUAGCUAUAUAUAUACUUCACGUGGUCUCUUCGAGCAGGAUAAGUUGAUUUUCCUCACGCAAAUGUGCAUUCAAAUCUUGGUGAAUGCCGGAGAAGUGGAGCCCAGUGAACUGGACUUUUUGCUCCGUUUUCCUUAUAUGCCUAAUCAGACCUCUAACUUCCCUUGGAUGACGCAUGUUGGCUGGGGAGGCAUACGCGCCUUGAAUAACAUGGUGGCUUUCAAGGGUCUUGAAAAAGACAUUGAGGGAUCGCACAAGCGUUGGAAAAAGUUUGUCGACUCGGAAAGCCCUGAGAAUGAAAAGUUCCCUGGCGAAUGGAAGGGCAAGUCCGCCAUACAGCGCUUAUGCAUUAUGCGCUGUAUACGCCCCGAUCGUAUGUCCUAUGCUAUGCAAACCUUCAUCGAUGAGAAACUUGGAUCAAAGUACAUUGAUGCUCGUUCUGUAGAAUUCGGUAAAACAUUUGAGGAAAGCAGCCCCGAAACACACAUGUUCUUUGUGCUAUCCCCUGGUGUGGACCCACUUAAAGAUGUGGAGAAGUUAGGAAAAGUGCUAGGAUUUAGCUUUGAUCAUGAAAACUUUCACAGCGUUUCACUGGGCCAGGGUCAGGAAAUUGUGGCCGAGAAUGCUAUUGCAACAGCUUCUCAAAAUGGGCAUUGGGUCAUCUUACAAAACAUUCAUUUAGUGGCGCGCUGGCUGCCUAGUUUAGAGAAGAAAAUGGAGGCAUCGCUAAGAGAUGUGCAUCCCAAUUAUCGACUAUUCCUCAGUGCAGAGCCAGCGGGUGAUCCAUCUAUGCACAUAUUGCCACAAGGCAUUCUUGAGUCUGCAAUUAAAAUAACGAAUGAACCGCCCACGGGAAUGAUGGCAAAUAUUCACAAAGCUUUGGACAAUUUCAGCGAUGAAACGCUCGAGAUGUGCUCCAAAGAAACCGAGUUCAAAGCCAUUCUAUUUUCGCUUUGUUACUUCCAUGCUGUUGUAGCCGAGCGACGCAAGUUCGGACCGCAAGGCUGGAAUCGUGGCUAUCCCUUCAACGUUGGCGAUUUGACAAUUUCCGUUUAUGUGCUUUUCAACUAUCUGGAAGCUAACACGCGAGUACCGUGGGAGGAUCUGCGGUAUCUCUUUGGCGAAAUCAUGUAUGGUGGCCAUAUUACGGACGACUGGGAUCGUCGACUAUGCCGCACGUAUCUAGAGGAGUUCAUGCAGCCAGAGCUUAUUGAUGGCGAGCUGGAAUAUUGUCCGGGCUUUCCAGCACCGGGUAUUCUUAAAUAUGAUGGCUACCAUCAGUAUAUUGAUGACAAUUUGCCAUCUGAGAGUCCAGCGCUAUAUGGUUUGCAUUCAAAUGCCGAAAUUGGAUUCCUCACCACAGUCUCGGAACGACUGUUUCGCAUUGUUUUUGAGCUGCAACCUCGAAUGUCCAGCGGCUCGGCCAGUGGUGGCGGUGAAACAGUGUCACAAGAGGACAUCAUCAAGGGCAUUAUUGAAGACUUGUUGGACAAAAUACCCACGCCAUUUAAUAUACUCGAGCUUAUGGGUCGAGUCGAGGAUCGAAAUCCUUACAUUAUAGUGGCAUUCCAGGAGUGCGAACGUAUGAAUAUACUUAUGUCUGAGCUACGGCGCUCGCUGAACGAGCUAGAUUUGGGCCUUAAAGGAGAACUUACCAUUUCGUCAAUAAUGGAGGACCUAAUGCAGUCUCUUUACAUGGACCAAGUGCCCGAGUCCUGGACAAAACUGGCUUAUCCCAGUUUGUUAGGCCUACAGUCUUGGUUCUCUGAUCUGAUGCUGCGCUUACGUGAACUCGAAGGCUGGGUUGCUGACUUCCGCAUGCCCUCAUCCAUUUGGCUAGCAGGCUUCUUUAAUCCGCAAUCCUUACUCACGGCCAUUAUGCAGCAGACAGCGCGCAAAAACGAAUGGCCGUUAGAUCGCAUGUGUCUAAAUUGCGAUGUUACCAAGAAAUUUAAGGAAGAAAUCACAUCACCACCACGUGAGGGUGCCUAUGUAAAUGGCUUGUUUAUGGAGGGCGCUCGUUGGGAUAUGAAACUAGGCACCAUAACUGAUGCGUUCAACAAGGAACUGUUUCCGGCUAUGCCAGUGAUAUUUAUAAAGGCUGUAACACAAGACAAACAGGAUACGAAGAAUAUUUACGACUGUCCAGUCUACAAAAUUCGGCUGCGCGGACCCACUUUCGUUUGGACAUUUAAUCUGAGAAGCAAGGAACGUGCCAGCAAAUGGACAUUAGCGGGCGUGUGUCUGCUAUUGCAGACUUAAAAGCUGCCGCCGCCAAAAAGCAGACCAAU